CUUGCACAAGUAAAUCUGGACAGCUCCUCCCCUCACUUCCUCUCUUUUCCUCUUUCUCAACGUCCUGGCUUAGUAUUGUGUGCCAAAUCAGAGAGGGGUGCAAGAUCCUGAUUUUCCAGGCACAGAGAGGAGAACUCAGCACCUGAGGCCAGCACCUACAGAAGCACAGUCUCCUGGCUUUGCCUCUGAGUUAGCAACAGCAGAGCAGCAUUAAAGAGCCCACGUGCUAGAAGGAGGAUAUGAAGAAACACCCAGAGAAUGUCACAAAAACCCAGAAUGUCACAGUAUUGUUUUCUUGUUGCUGGUGUCCUAUCCUCUCUCCUAACACCAGCCACCAAAGCCAAUUUUUAAAAAUUCUAUGAUUUCUCUUGUUUACAAGAAGCUGUUUCCUAUACCCUAUUCUUGAAGGAUAAAGAAAUAGUCAUUCUUUCAAAAGAAAUGUCUGGCUUUUCACAGUGUUUCAUAUUUGUUGGCUUCCUAUGAGGUGACUCUGUCUUUAACAACUACCAUUUUCUGCCUGUUUUGGUCAAAGUCUGCUCCAAUAAGAGUUCUUCAAAUAUCUUUCUCCAUUGCAAAAUGUUUGUAGGUAGCAAUGAAAUACAACAUUUAAAAUUAAUACCAUGUUUCUAUAAUACUACAUAUUAAUUAAUAAAGGAAUGGAUUGUCAUUUUCACAGAUCAGAUGUGGGCUGGACAUAAUGAUCAAUCAAAGGCAAGAAGCAGGGAGAUUAUCCAUUUAUUUAUUUAACAAACAAUGAUUGAUAACCAUUCUUUGCCCAGUAUUGUGAUUGUCCCCAGGGAAUAGAGAAAUACAAGACAUAUGUGGUUCUCCCAUCACAAAGCUUGUAGUAUAAGAGGAGACAGUAAAAAAAUCAAACAACUAACUUCCUAAAGUAAUACAUAUUCUGUAAGAACCCUCUGGAGUUCAGUGGAUCAUAACAGAGGGUGUUGCUGCUAGACAGUGGUGUUGGGGAAGACUCUCUGGAGAGCCAAGGUCUGUGGGUUGAGCAGGAACAAGCUGGGCACUAGGUUGGAGGGUGAGUGCUCCAGAGAGAAGGAAUGAUAACUGCAAAGGCCUUGAAGGUGGAAGGAGCCUAGAAGAUUUCCAGGACAUUGAGGGUAGUGUGGCUCACACAUAGGAGAGAGGAGAGAGCUGAUCACGCAGGGCCUACGGACCAUUCUGAGGACUUCAGUUGGUUUGAAACCAAUAGAGUUCAAGUGACAAUGGCAGCCCAGUACGGCAGUGUGAGCUUCAACCCCAGCACACCAGGGGCCAGUUAUGGGCCUGGAAGGCAAGAGCCCAGAAAUUCCCAAUUGAGAAUUGUGUUAGUGGGUAAAACUGGAGUAGGAAAAAGUGCAACAGGAAACAGCAUCCUUGGCCAGAAAAUGUUUCAUUCUGGCAUCGCAGCAAAAUCCAUUACCAAGAAGUGUGAGAAACGCAGCAGCUCAUGGAAGAAAACAGAACUUGUCGUGGUUGACACACCAGGCAUUUUCGACACCGAGGUGCCCAGUGCUGACACGUCCAAGGAGAUUACUCGCUGCCUUCUUCUGACCUCCCCAGGGCCUCAUGCUGUGCUUCUGGUGGUUCCACUGGGCCGUUACACUGAGGAAGAGCACAAGGCCACAGAGAAGAUCCUGAAAAUGUUUGGAGAGAGGGCUAGAAGAUUCAUGAUUCUCAUAUUCACCAGGAAAGAUGACUUAGAUGACAUCAAUUUGCAUGACUACUUAAGGGAAGCUCCAGGAGACAUUCAAGACUUGAUGGGCAUUUUUGGUGACCGCUAUUGUGCGUUCAACAACAGGGCAACAGGCGCUGAGCAGGAGGCCCAGAGGGCGCAGUUACUGGUCCUGAUCCAGCGCGUGGUGAGGGAGAACGAGGGAGGCUGCUACACUAAUAGGAUGUACCAACGGGCCGAGGAGGAGAUCCAGAAGCAAACACAAGCAAUGCAAGAACUCUACAGAGUGGAGCUGGAGAGAGAGAAAGCACGGAUAAGAGAGGAGUAUGAAGAGAAAAUCAGAAAGCUGGAAGAUAAAGUGGAGCAGGGAAAGAGAAAGGUGCAAAUGGAGAAGAAACUAGCAGAACAGGAGGCUGUCUAUGCUGUAAGGCAGCAACAGGCAAGAAUGCAAGUGGAGAGUCAGGAUGGGAUACUUGAAUUAAUCAAGACAGCAUUAGAGAUUGCUUCCUUUAUUUUCUCACGUCUGUUCGCGGAAGAUUAAACUUAAUGAAAAUCUGCCUGUAUUUUCUGCAGAUUCUCUGGCAACUUUGCCCCAUGCUUACUUAUUUAGCAUAGUCAGAGUGCUCUAGUUUCUGUCUCUCAGGCACUCAUAACUAAGGACCACCACUAGCCAUUGGCAGAUGUUUGAUUGACUUAACGAGAGAGGGACAAAUUUUCAAUUUGUGAAACUCCAAAGCAGAAAGUAUUGGUGCUUGCUACCUUGUGAAUUCUUCCUUACACAUACAGAGAAAAUGAUGCAAGAGACCAAAGAAGAUGGCUCCAAGCUAUAUCAUGUUACCUCUAAUAAAAUCUUUUCUUCUAGAUUCUUUCUAUGUUAGCAGAUGACCUCCCCUUGUAGCUUCCACUCACUUAUUCUUGCUUUCAGAGUCACAUUGAUCAUCUUACCCAUGUGGUUUGUUAGAAAGAAAGAUCAAUUCUUUGUUUGCAGUAGGUAAUCUUGGAGACGAUUGUAGAAUUAUUUCUAGAUGAGUGUCAAUUUAUUUAAUUCCAUUGUCAUUUAAGGAGUCAAACUGUUUCUUAUCAUUUGUUCAUUAAAGAACACAGACCUGUCUGGAAAAUCAAUCUCUACAAAUUCAACUAAAUAAUGAUCCCCAAAUGCUGAAAGAGUGAAAGACAGCAAUUCAAUAGAUAAUAGAGCAAUGUUUAGUAUAUUCAGCUGUAUCUGUAGAAACUCUUUGACCAACCUCAAUUUAACCAAUUUGAUGAAUACCUAGUUCUCUUCUUUUCUGGAGAAAGAUAGUUGCAACCUCACCUCCCUCACUCAACACUUUGAAUACUUAUUGUUUGGCACAUCAUCCACACACUUCUGCCCCCACUGCAUUGAAUUUUUUGCUUAUUGUGUUUAUAAUAAAACUUUUCAAUUAUCUCA